AUGGAUAAAAUUACAUGUCUGGGGAUAUUGCCGGCAAGCAAACCUUUGCUCUCUCUUUUCUUCUUCUCUCUCCCCUUUAUCGUCGUUGUAUCCACAAUGCCCUCCAGCCUGAGCAAGAACAGAAAGAAGAGGGGACACGUCUCCGCCGGUCACGGUCGUGUUGGCAAGCACAGGAAGCAUCCUGGUGGUCGUGGUAACGCUGGUGGUCAGCACCACCACAGGAUCAACUUCGACAAAUACCACCCUGGCUACUUCGGUAAGGUCGGUAUGAGGCACUUCCACUACAAGAGGAACCCCGACUUCUGCCCCGCCAUCAACCUCGACCGCCUGUGGACCCUCGUGACCGAGCAGCACAGGAAGGCUUACGAGAACAGGACCGACGGUAAGGCCGUGGUCAUCGACGUCGUCAAGGCUGGUUUCUUCAAGGUGCUCGGCUCCGGCCGUCUCCAGUCCAAGCAGCCCCUCAUUGUCAAGACCAAGUUCAUCAGCAGGAGGGCCGAGGAGAAGAUCAAGGCUGUCGGCGGUCAGGUCAUCCUCACUGCUUAA